GUAAAUGAGGAAUUGAUUGGCAGCGACGGAUUUGGUUUUUCUUGGUUUCUCUCAGCUUCACUCCCUUCCCCUUCAUCUAAAACUGAAGGAAGAGAAAAAAGUGGUUGGUGAGUAGUGAUAGUAGGAGGGAAGUUGGUGAAGCUGUUUUGGCUCCCUGCUUUGAGUUUAAGAUUUUGCAUUUAUAUCUCCUUUCUUAUUCUGGGUAUUUUUGAUUGUCACAUUACUUUACCGGGUAAAAUAUUGGAAAAUUUUGAGGCUUGGCUUUUGGGUCUUGGUAAAAUUUGUACAGCCAUUUAUUCUUUUGUUGGUGGGAUGGCUUUGAAUCUGGGUUUUGUAUCUUUGGUGGGGUUAAGAGUUGGGAACUGUAUUUAAUUUUCUUGGGUGUUCAAUGUGAUACUGCUGUUGAAUUAUUUUGAAUUUGAGUUACUAGUUUUAGACCCUCCCAGUCCCAGUUAUGGGCCCUUGAAGGAUGCCAAAGCUGAGUUUCUCUGAUCGCUUUAAAGGUACUAUCAUAUAAAGUAAAACCUCCUCUUCAGUACAGCAAAACUUGGAAUGUCAUCCAAUCUGAAAUUUUGACUACUUAUCUGAUUCAAAAAGAAAACAUUUGAUAUCCUCCACAACCUCAAGAUACCCGCUUUGCUUUACAUUUGGGUUUGAAACUGAUUCUAUUUUCUUUUGGGGUUCUUUGGCUGAGUUUCUUUAUUUCUGAAUAUCAGUCAGAUUGGUUGGUUACAGAGAGAGUAACAUCUAUGCAUCUUUCACUAUGGAAGCCAAUAACUCACUGUGCAGCUCUAAUCAUGGACAAAAAAACCAAAAGAAGAAACCGUUCUGGUUUGACCGUGGACGUAAAGCACAGAACUUCUAUGCUUCGUCAAUUGCAAGAAAACAAGCUCAAAGAGGCUUUGGAGGAGGCAUCCGAAGAAGGGUCCUUAGCAAAAUCUCAGGACAUUGAUUCUGAUUCACUCAACCAUGAAACAAGCUUAGGCCGAUCACGCUCUCUUGCUAGGCUCCAUGCCCAGAAGGAGUUUCUCCGAGCAACUGCUCUAGCUGCGGACCGAAUUUUCAGUUCAGAGGAUUCAAUUCUUGAGCUAAGCGAUGCCUUCUCAAAGUUUUUAACAAUGUACCCCAAAUUCCAGUCUACUGAAAAGAUUGACCAGUUGCGAUCAGACGAGUAUGGACAUUUGUCCGAGUCUUUUGCUAAGGUAUGUCUUGAUUAUUGUGGCUUCGGGCUAUUUUCUCACAUUCAGACUCAACUAAAUUGGGAGUCGUCGACGUUCACUUUGUCUGAGAUUACUGCUAAUUUGAGUAACCAUGCUCUCUAUGGUGGUGCUGAGAAAGAUACCGCUGAACAUGAUAUCAAGACUAGGAUUAUGGACUAUUUGAACAUUCCUGAAAAUGAAUAUGGACUUGUUUUUACUGUUAGUAGGGGUUCUGCAUUUAAAUUGCUUGCUGAAUCAUACCCUUUUGAGACCAAUAAGAAGCUGUUAACCAUGUUUGAUCAUGAAAGCCAGUCUGUGAAUUGGAUGGCUCAGAGUGCUAAAGAGAAAGGUGCUAAGGUUUAUAGUGCGUGGUUUAAAUAUCCCUCUUUGAAACUCUGCUCUAGGGAGCUUAGAAAGCAGAUUUCAAAUAAGAAAAAGAAGAAAAAGGGUUGUGCAAAUGGGCUAUUUGUGUUUCCUGUUCAGUCUAGAGUAACUGGGGCUAAGUAUUCUUACCAAUGGAUGGCACUUGCCCAGCAAAACAAUUGGCAUGUACUGCUUGAUGCUGGGUCAUUGGGUCCCAAGGAUAUGGAUUCAUUAGGACUGUCCCUAUUCCGGCCAGAUUUUAUUAUUACUUCUUUUUACAGGGUAUUUGGGUCUGAUCCAACUGGGUUUGGUUGCCUUUUGAUCAAGAAAUCUGUGAUGGGAACUCUUCAGAAUCAGGCUGGUCGUACUGGGUCUGGUAUGGUGAAGAUCCUUCCUGUUUUUCCCCAGUAUUUGAGCGAUUCAGUGGAUGGUCUUGAUGGUUUGGCUGGGAUUGGAGAUGAUGCUAUCAAUGGUAACGAAGAAUCAAUGCCUGAACCGCAUGGGGGGUCGCAGAUGCCUGCCUUUUCAGGUGUUUUUACUUCCAAUCAGGUUAGGGAUGUCUUUGAAAUAGAGAUGGAUCAGGAUAAUAGCUCAGAUAGGGAUGGCGCAAGCACAAUAUUUGAGGAAGUUGAGAGUAUUUCAGUUGGGGAGGUUAUGAAAAGUCCAAUUUUCAGUGAGGAUGAAUCAUCAGAUAAUUCAUACUGGAUUGAUUUGGGUCAGAGUCCAUUUGGAUCUGACAAUUCUGGCCAGUCGAUUAAGCAGAAAGGAGGUUCACCGCUACCACCAUCAUGGUUUUCAGGCAAGAGGAACAGCAAAGGAAUCUCUCCUAAAGCAACAUCAAAAUUAUCCAAAAGCCCAAUUUAUGAUGACAGGAGGGUUGAGCUUCCAAUGCAGGAUGAUAGUAUGCUUUCUUUUGAUGCAGCUGUUUUAUCAAUGUCGCAAGACCUUGAUUGUGUUAGAGUGAUACCUGAAGAAGAAGAUUCUGCUGAAACAGAAGCUGCUUUUGGAAAUGGUGGCGAACACGUACAUUUCCAGCACGCUGGAGAAAUUCAAGAAGAAUAUGAAAUCAGGAAUGGGUCACUGUUACCUGAUUCUAAGUUGAGGUCUACAAUAAAUGGGCUCAGAACCAAGAACCAGAGUUCAACUCUUCGUGAUUGCAACAUUGAGAGUGCUUCGGCCUCAGAAAUUUGCCAAGAAAAAGAAAGUGCAAUAAGAAGAGAGACAGAGGGAGAGUUUAGACUGUUGGGAAGAAGGGAAGGGGAUAGGGUUGGUGGUGGUAGAUUUUUUGUUUUAGAGGACAAUGAUCGGGUGGCAAGCAUGGACCGCAGGGUAUCUUUUAGCAUGGAAGACAACCGAAAAGAAAACUUGAGCCACUUGGAGCAAGGGGAAAUUUCCUUAACUGCACUAGGUGAAGAUGAGUAUUUUAGUGACAUGGAAUAUGGCGAUGAACAAGAGUGGGAAAGGAGGGAGCCUGAAAUGAUUUGUCGGCACCUUGAUCAUAUUAAUAUGUUGGGUCUCAACAAAACUACCCUCAGAUUGCGUUAUCUAAUAAAUUGGCUUGUCACCUCAUUACUUCAACUUCGGUUACCAAAUUCAGGUGAGGAUUCGGGAGUGCCUCUUGUACAGAUUUAUGGUCCUAAGAUCAAAUAUGAAAGGGGUGCAUCUGUAGCCUUUAAUGUGAAAGAGAGCAGUGGUGGACGACUAAUUCAUCCUGAAAUAGUUCAAAAGUUGGCUGAGAAAAAUGGUAUAUCUCUUGGGAUUGGUAUCCUUAGUCAUGUCAGGGUAGUUGACAGUCCAAAACAGCAUUGUGGGGCAUUUGAGCUUGAAGAUACAGACUUGUGCAAGCCAAUGGUGAAUGGACGUGGAGAUGGCAAAAAUGUCUUUUACCGAGUUGAGGUUGUUACAGUGUCACUUGGAUUUUUGACCAACUUUGAAGAUGUUUAUAAGAUGUGGGCUUUUGUGGCUAAGUUUCUUAAUCCAUCAUUUAAAGAAGAUUUAUCAGCUCUUCCAGAGGAUUUGGAAAUGUAGGACUGGGGGAAGUUUGAAUGGAUGCUUUUGUUUUAAUUUUGACCAAAGAUGGGCCCCUCUGUUGCUUCUUGCAACUCUUGUGAAGAGGAUUAUACUCGCACCUACUGCCCAAGUUUGAAUCUUGGACCUGGCUGCGGUGGUAGAUGCUGAAGCAAACAGGAAGGUACGGUUUGUGUGGUCUGUCUCUAUUGCUCUUGGAGGUGAUCCCUUGUGAGCAGAAAUUUAUUUUAUAUUCUUGUUGAAUGUACUUUUUGUAUUACUCAUAUUUAGUGGUAUGUAGAGUUUGCUUUGAUAUUAUAUAUCAGCUGAGGAAGUUAUUGGUUACUUGAAAUACAAUCAAAAUGGUUUGGA